GUUUCCCGCGCCUAGCCUAUGCUGUCUCGGAGUGCAGUGUAAAGUUUUGUCAGACCUUGAAAUAAGAAAUCACAGCAUACUUCAUCACAAACGCUGAAUAGUAUGGCGCCUGUGUCGAACUCGGAUACGGAUGCUGAUAACCAGGAUAAGGGUAAGUACAUUGGCCUGGCCACAUCUCGGUCAAGACGGGAGAAGAAGGAAAAAACUGGUCGAAAGUCUGCUCUUGACUUGCUGAAGAAAGCCAAAGCUGGGGAAAAGAUCAAAUAUGAGGUGGAAGAUUUUAGCAGUGUUUAUGAGGAAGUGGAUGAGGAACAGUAUUCAAGGCUAGUCCGUGAGAGACAGGAUGACGACUGGAUCAUUGAUGAUGAUGGAACUGGCUAUGUAGAAGAUGGUAGAGAGAUCUUUGAUGAAGAACUUAAUGAAGAUGCAUUAGACACCAAUUCAAAAGGAAAAGGAAGUGACAAAGGGAAUAAGAAGAAGGACUCCAAAAAUGUAAAGAAAACAUCUGUUUCAAAGCCUAAUAGCAUCAAAUCAAUGUUUCUGGCCAGCACAGUAAAGAGUUCAGAGAAAGAUAUUGAUUUGUCAAAGGAUGACCUUCUGGGUGACAUACUGCAGGAUCUCCAUUCUGAGAAUUCUUCACUGCUAACCCCACCACCAGUGAUGACUUUGAAGAAGAAGAAGAAGCCAGUAGGAGUGCCUUUAAAUCCAUUUUCUGUGAAAACUUCAACUGUGAAGGCAUCUACAUCUUCAACUGUGAUGAAACCCAUAUCCUCUCAAAUUCACCCACCCAGCUCGUCUCUUCAGAAAAUAGAAAGCAAUCGGGGGGCUCAGAAUGGAGCAAGGAUUGCCACUGUAAAGUGUGCAGCAACAGAAGAAUCCGUGAAAAUUAAGACGGAAGAUCCAUCUCAAUCUUAUGAAAAAAUGGAAGAACAUGUAUUUGAUGAAGGUGACUUUGAUGAUCCAAUGGAAGCAGAAGAUGGAGAGGCUGUACUACAGAAUACCAAGGAAGAAAAAAGUGAACCCGUGGUGAAUACCUUGGCUGAUAUCAAGCCAGAAACUAAAGAGACAGCAAUUCAAUCUGCUGCUGCUCCAGAAACAACUUGCUGGGAACGCAUGGCUGAGGGAGAUGGUAGUUCAGCAGUUUCAGAAGUGCAAGUAGACUCCAGCCAGCUUCCAUUAGUUACUGGUGCAGAUGGAGAGAAAGUCUUCCGAUUUUACUGGCUGGAUGCAUUUGAGGACCAAUAUACUCGGCCAGGUGUUGUAUAUUUAUUUGGUAAAGUUUGGAUUGAAUCUGCAGAGAUGUAUGUUAGCUGCUGUGUUACUGUGAAGAAUAUUGAACGAACAGUGUAUUUACUUCCACGGGAAAAGCAAAUAAAUCUUAAAACUGGUGAAGAAACAGAUAACCCAGUUACCAUGAUGCAGGUCUACCAGGAAUUCAAUGACAAGAUUGCAGAAAAAUACAAGAUAAUGAAGUUCAGAUCAAAGAAAGUUGAGAAGAACUAUGCUUUUGAAAUUCCUGAUGUUCCUGUAAAAUCUGAGUACUUAGAAGUGAGAUACUCUGCUGAAUUACCACAACUUCCCCAGGAUCUUAAAGGGGAAACAUUUUCUCAUGUAUUUGGAACAAAUACAAGUGGGCUAGAGCACUUACUCCUGAGCAGAAAGUUUAAAGGACCUUCUUGGCUGGAAGUGAAAACCCCACAGCUGUCCAGCCAGCCUGUAAGCUGGUGCAAAGUGGAGGCUGUUGCAGUGAGGAGUGAUUUAGUAACUGUAGUAAAAGACCUUGCACCACCUCCUUUAGUUGUUCUUUCCCUAAGCAUGAAGACUAUGCAGAAUGCAAAAUCCCAUCAAAACGAGAUUGUGUCUCUAGCAGCCCUUGUUCAUCAUAAAUUUCCUCUGGAUAAAGCGCCACCUCAGCCUCCUUUUCAGAGCUACUUCUGUGUGAUCAGCAAGCCAAAUGACUGUAUCUUUCCUUAUGACUUCAAGGAUGCGGUUGCAAAAAAGAAUGCUAAAAUUGAGAUUGCUGCAACAGAAAGAACAUUGCUUGGUCUGCUAUUAGCAAAAAUUCACAAGAUUGACCCAGAUGUCAUUGUAGGCCAUGACAUCUAUGGCUUUGAUUUAGAAGUUAUUCUUCAGAGAAUCAGUGCUUGCAAAGUACCCCACUGGUCUAAAAUAGGCCGCUUAAGAAGAUCCAUUAUGCCUAAACUUGGGGGCCGAAGUGGCUUUGCAGAGAAAAAUGCAGCUUGUGGCAGAAUGAUUUGUGAUGUCCAGAUAUCGGCCAAAGAGCUCAUUCGAUGCAAAAGCUACCACUUGUCGGAGCUUGUUCUUCAUAUUAUCAAAACAGAAAGAGUUGUCAUCCCACCUGAAGCCAUCAAAAAUCACUAUAAUGACUCUUCACAUUUGCUAUAUUUACUGGAGAAUACAUGGAUGGAUGCCAAAUUCAUCUUGCAGAUCAUGUGCGAGCUGAAUGUUCUUCCUUUAGCUCUACAGAUAACGAGUAUUUCUGGAAAUGUCAUGUCAAGGACAUUGAUGGGUGGGCGCUCUGAAAGAAAUGAAUACCUUUUACUUCAUGCUUUCUAUGAAAAGGACUAUAUUGUACCAGAUAAACAACUAUUCAAAAAGCCACAGAUAGAUCUUGUUGAUGAUGAAGAGGAUGUGGAUGUGACACAAGGCAAGACUAAGAAAGGCAGGAAGAAAGCUGCUUAUGCAGGGGGACUUGUGUUGGAGCCCAAAGUUGGAUUCUAUGACAAGUUUAUUCUACUUUUGGACUUUAAUAGCUUAUACCCAUCUAUAAUCCAGGAGUUUAACAUCUGCUUUACCACUGUUGAGAGGGUUUCAGCCAUCUCCAGGAAGGCAUCUGAGGUGGAUGAACUUGAUGAAAUUCCAGAGCUUCCUGAACCUGACCUGGAGAUUGGUAUUUUACCUAAGGAGAUCAAAAAGCUAGUAGAGAGGAGACGACAAGUCAAACAGCUGAUGAAACAGCCAGAUUUAAAUGCUGACCUCUAUUUGCAGUAUGACAUCCGGCAAAAGGCCUUGAAGCUUACAGCUAACAGCAUGUAUGGUUGCUUGGGAUUUUCUUUUAGUAGAUUUUAUGCUAAACCUUUGGCAGCCCUGGUAACACAUAAAGGACGAGAGAUCCUUAUGCACACAAAAGAUAUGGUUCAGAAGAUGAACCUGGAAGUAAUUUAUGGUGACACAGAUUCUAUCAUGAUUAAUACGAACAGUAAUAAUCUGGAGGAGGUCUUUAAGCUUGGGAACAAGGUGAAAAGUGAAAUCAACAAAUUAUAUAAACUAUUGGAGAUUGACAUUGAUGGAGUUUUUAAAUCACUUCUGCUGCUUAAGAAAAAGAAAUAUGCUGCCUUAAUGGUAGAACAGACCGGUGAUGGCCGGUACAUAACAAAACAGGAACUGAAAGGACUGGAUAUUGUUCGGAGAGACUGGUGCGACCUGGCUAAAGAAUGUGGAAACUACGUUAUCAGUCAGAUUCUUUCUGAUCAGCCCCGGGAUAUCAUUGUGGAAAACAUACAGCGGAGGCUUAUAGAAAUUGGAGAAAAAGUUGUGAAUGGUAGCAUCCCUCUUAACCAGUUUGAAAUCCACAAGGCCUUGACAAAAGAUCCUCAGGAUUAUCCUGACAAAAAAAGCUUGCCCCAUGUACAUGUAGCUUUGUGGGUAAACUCUCAAGGUGGACGAAAGGUGAAAGCUGGUGAUACCAUAUCAUAUGUGAUCUGUCAGGAUGGGACAAACCUAAGUGCUAGUCAGAGAGCAUAUGCCCUAGACCAGCUAACGAAACAGGAGAAUGUACGUAUUGAUAAUCAGUACUACCUUUCCCAACAAAUACAUCCUGUGGUGUCUCGAAUCUGUGAGCCAAUUGAAGGGAUUGACUCUGUGCUCAUUGCUACCUGGCUGGGCUUGGACCCAUCUCAGUUUCGCUCCCAUCAACAAUACCAGAGAGAUGAAGAAAAUGAGGCUCUGCUUGGUGUUCCUGCUCAGCUAACUGAUGAAGAAAAAUAUCGUGACUGUGAAAGAUUCAAGUUUAUCUGUUCCCAGUGCAAAACAGAGAACAUUUAUGACAAUGUGUUUGAUGGCUCUGGAAAAGUGAUUGAGCCUAGUUUAAUUCGCUGUAGUAAUAUCACCUGCGAAGCUUCACCAUUAAGUUUUGUGACUCAGAUGUGCAAUAAAUUGAUUUUGGACAUCAGACGGCAUAUCAAAAUGUAUUACAUGGGCUGGCUAGUGUGUGAGGAGCAGACGUGUCAGAACCGAACUCGUCGAAUACCACUCAACUUUUCCCGUUCCGGUGCCAUGUGCCAAGCAUGUAUGAAAGCUUCCCUUAGACCUGAGUACCCUGAGAAAGCCUUGUAUACCCAGCUGUGCUUUUAUCGUUUCAUUUUUGAUUGGGAUUAUGCCAUGGAAAAGCUUGUCUCCAAAGAGGAGAGAGACUACCUAAAUGCGUUAUACAAAGAUGAUGUCAAACAUUUAUAUAAGAAGCUGAAGGAUGUUGCAGACAAAGCAGUAUCUGCAAGUGGGUACUCAGAAGUCAACCUCAGCAAGUUGUUCCAGUCAUUUGUUGCAAUGAAGUAAUUGUUUGGCACGAGGAGCAGUCUUGUCGACAGCAGCAAGAUUUUGGGAGUAGCUACGGAAAAGCAUGUGCAUUUCUCCAUCAGGAACCGUCAUCUGAACACACACAGAUGGCACUCCUCUUUGUGUUCCUACACAGAGUAUUAGUUACAUUUGAACUUUCAGACUGUAACUUUUUUUUUUUUUUAGUAAUUUGCUAAUUAAACUGUAUUGUCUGUUGAUGCUUUUAUUUUUAUUCUUUAUGGGGACAAGUGGUGUAUGUUUUGUUUUAGAUUUGUCUCUGAACUAAACAAGAUAUGGUUUUGUUACUUUUCUAAUAUGCUCGACUGUACAUGGUAGGUCUAGUGUCCUGAAGAGAUAAAGUAGAGUUCCUCUGUCUGUGAAAUUCCUGACAGAAUGCUCUUCAUAUUGAAUGUGAUUUCAUACCUUCAGUAAUAAUUUUGUAGUCAGAUUUAGUGAACUAAAUAAACAUGGAUAGUCCAAAAAUAAAACCAGUGUUUUUAAAUAAUAAAAGUUAAAGAUGUGAAAUAUAAGCAAAAUAAGUAGAUUGGCUGCGUGUGACAAAUGCGUAGCAUGUUAUCAAUUUUUUCUAAUAUGAAUGCCUUUUUUCUAAUAUGAAUACCUGUUCUCGUUGCCAGCCAGUUGCUUUUCUUUUUAAAGCUCAGAUGUUGUUCAUUAAUUGUUGAGGUCUCUUAACUGUUUGAUAUUCUGUUUCUAUUCUUGUCGAUGAGGAAGUUUUACCCUCAGUAAUAUUAAACCUUGUCAACUUUAAUCUACAGUGGUUACUAUGUAAAUGUUAUUAUAGUAAAAAAAAAUGUAUGAUCUGCAUAUCAUUUGGGUGUUUUUGUACAUUUCAGUACGUUGACCUUUUUAAUGCAUUGCCAUAAUUAUAUUGUAUUGAUCAUGAAAUAAACUUAAAUAAAUAUUUGAAUUAAAAAAAAACAAA